AUGGUUGAGCUCCAUGAAAUUUUAGAAGGAUCUUCAUCUUCUUCAUCAACUCAAGCUCAAAGAUAUGACGUAUUUUUAAGUUUCAGAGGUCUCGACACUCGUAAUAGUUUCACUGCUUACCUUCAUAAAGCUCUCAUGGAUGCCAAUAUCAAUACCUUCUUGGAUGAUGAAGAGAUUGAAACCGGGGAAGAUCUGAAACCAGAAUUGGAGAGUGCCAUUAAAGCAUCUAGAGCUUCUGUUAUCAUUUUGUCUAAGAAUUAUGCUAAUUCAACGUGGUGUCUUGAUGAAUUGGUGCUGAUCCUUGAGCAACGUAAGACAUGCAACCAUAUUGUUAUCCCCAUAUUUUAUCAUGUUAAGCCCACACAUGUCAGGAAGCAAGAAAGUAGCUUUGGAGAUGCAAUGGCUAAGCAUAAACAGAUGAUGGAGGCGGAGACAAAUGCAAAUAAAAGAAGAAAAUGA